AAAUUAUUUGUCUCUCUCACUACAAAUAUGGAAAUUCACUUUUCCGAUUCUUCAACGGUUCAACCUGAAAUGUGAGGAGUUGCAGAGAAGAAAACCUUUUUGGCAGACCUGAUUUUCUAUUUAAUUUUUUUUUUUUUUUUUUUUUAUAAAUCAAAUCAAAGGCUGUAAUUUUUCAUGCUUGGCUGAAUCAUUUACACAAACACAUGGCGAGUGAGUCGAGCGCCGAGUUCCACCACCGCCAGCAGGGCGUACUGUUCAAUUCCGCCGGAGCGGCGAGGAGCAGCAGCGGCGGCGGCGGCUCCGGUGGUUGCGAAUUGAUUUCGACGGCGAAUUGUUACAGGAACUCCUCCAUGGGAAGCUGGAAUUUGAGCGGAAUUGACGGGCCGCCUCCUCGGAGGAGAGGUAUGGUUUUCUCGUCUGUCGGUGCGCAUCGGAACUCUGUGGAUUCUUCUUCCUCGACGCUUGCAGUCGAUUCGGUUCCCGGAAUGAAGCACGAUACAGGCCUGGCUGCGGAUUGGUCGAUCGAUGAACAGUACAAGUUGGAGGAGGGACUUACCAAAUAUGCCAAUGAACCCAAUGUUUUGAGGUACAUUAAGAUCGCUUCCUCACUUCGUGACAAAACCGUACGGGAUGUUGCUCUUCGAUGUAGAUAUAUGACAAGAAAGAGGAGAAAACAGGAGGACCGGAGCCUUGUGAAGCAAAUUAGGGAUCAAAAGGAACAAAUGGAGUUAUCUUUGAAGAAUAACAUGUCUCCAGCUUCAUCAGUAAAUGUGGAUCCAUAUUGUUCAACUACAAACCAUCAUGAUCAGACUGAUUGCAUGCUUUCGGGAGUAUUGAGUGGCAAAGCCAGACAUCUGUUGGAAGAAAAUAAUCUGGCUUUUGGUCAAAUUUCAGUAAAUCUUUCAACUCUCAAGGUAAUGCCCAAACUCCCUUUGCUCUCACGGAAUUUGGAACUUGCUUUCUGUAAUUAUAGCUUAAUAAUUUUCUUAUAGUACGCGACAAAGGCAGUUUAUCAGAAAAGUAUACUUAUUGACUAUUGUGUUUAGGAUGAGUAAUGCUCUAUAAUCGCUGAACAUGAUUGCUUAAUUAAAUCGACAUUUUUUUAUCUUCAGCUACUAAUCUUCUUCAUUGACGACUAAUCCAAUUUACUGAUUGUGCUAAUUCUGAAUAACUACAAGUACGAAUUAUCUUAUCAAUCACCUAUCUAAUUGCAGGCAAGUAGAAGUUAGUUGACUGAUAACCAUGUAACUGUAACUGUAAAAUAAUGUGACUAUCUCUAAUCAUUCUCAAAUCCCAAGGCAUAUGGAAAAUGAAAAGUCAACAAAUUUAGAAACAAGUUAGUAAUUAGUAGAUUA